CAUUAGCACUGGAUGAGAGCACGGACGUGCAAGACACAGCGCAACUGCUCAUUUUUAUUCGUGGAGUUAGCGCAAACUUUGAGAUAUGCGAGGAGCUGGCAGCCCUCCAAAGUCUCAAAGGGACUACAACGGGAGAGGAUAUUUUUGACAAAGUGUGCCAAACCAUGGAGAAGUUGGACCUGGACUGGUCAAAGCUAGCUAGCAUCACGACUGACGGGGCUCCUAGCAUGGUGGGCGAAACUCGCGGUCUAAUAAGACGCAUGAACCGGGAGUUGGAAAAAAGGGGUCUCACCGCCCCGCCACGAGUCCACUGCCUAAUUCACCAGCAAGCACUGUGCUGCAAAGUGUUGACGUGGGAUUCUGUAAUGAAGGUUGUGGUGUCGUGCAUAAACUUCAUCAGAGCAAAGGGACUUAAACACAGGCAGUUCCAAGAAUUCCUGUCUGAACUGGAGUCUACGCACGGAGAUGUGCUGUACUACACAGAGGUCCGAUGGCUGAGCCGGGGCAGAGUUUUGAGGCGUUUUUACGAGCUGCUACCCGAAAUUAACGCAUUUCUUCAUUUAAAAGACAAAACGGUCCCAGAGCUGAUCGACCCAGAAUGGAAAUGGCACCUCGCAUUUUUAACAGACGUGACAGAAAUACUUAACAGCCUUAACUUGCAGCUACAAGGCGAGGGGAAACUCAUUUGCGACAUGUAUUCACACAUAAAAGCAUUUGAGGUGAAAUUAGCGCUGCUUUUGGAACAAGUGAAAAAGCGCAACUUCGUCCAUCUUCCUGCUACCCAAAACCUGUCGACAGAGAACCCAGCGGUCCCGUUCCCAGCUGAAAAGUGCGUGGAAGCACUGGAAAUGCUGAAGGCGGAGUUCGGUGUGCGAUUCAGUGAACUACAUGUUCAUGCAAAAGAAAUCAGUCUUUUUCAGAACCCCUUUGUUGCCGACAUUGAUGAAGCCCAGCCUUCAUAUCAGUUUGAGUUGGCUGAGUUACAGAACUGUGAUGUUCUGAAAGACGCAUUCAAGCCCAACAGUCUCAUUGACUUCUAUGCUGCCCUCCCAAACGACACAUAUCCAAACAUCAAAAAACACGCAAUGAAAAUGUCCACAGUUUUUGGCAGCACGUAUAUCUGCGAGAAAACCUUUUCUCGCAUGAAACUGCUGAAAACUCCGAUGAGAUCAAGAUUGACAGAUGAACAUUUGCAUCAGUGCUUGAGACUGGCUGUAACUAGAAUGGAACCUGAUAUUCAACUUCUCACCAGCCAGAUGCAGGCCCACAGUUCACACUGAUGAACAUACAUAGGGAAGUUGAUGAGAGAGAGCUGCAAACAGCGGUGUCUACAAGCC